AUGCGGGAAUAUUUUGGGACAAAUGGAAAGUGUCGUGACCGUGUGAGAUUCAUCAAGGAUAUAGCAACUGAACCGACUGUGGUGCAUGCUAAGACAAGAGAACAAGCAGGGGCCACAGUUAGAGUUGAGAGACAAAUAGCAUGGCAACCUCCGAAAAGCGGCUGGUGGAAGAUGCAUACCGAUGGAGCAGCUAGAGGCAAUCCGGGCUUAGCCUCAGCAUAUGGAGUUCUACAGGAUGCCAGUGGAGGAUGGGUCUGUGGGUUCGCUCUCAAUAUCGGCAUAUGCUCAGCUCCACUAGCAGAUUUAUGGGGAGUGUACUAUGGACUCUAUAUGGCUUGGGAGAUACGAGUCCCGCGUUUGAUUAUUGAGCUGGACUCCGAGAUUGUGAUGGGUUUUCACACAGGAAUUAGUGAUUCUCACCCCCUGUCAUUCCUAGUACAGUUGUGCUAUGGCUUUGUUUCAAGAAACUGGUUAGUCCGGUUUCAACAUGCAUACAGAGAGGCAAAUCGGGUGUCUGACGGCCUUGCGAACCAUGCAUUUUCUUUACCUUUAGUUCAUCUGUAUUUAUGGGAGGAAACUCCGUUGACGAACUUGAGACGUGAAGCGUGGCGAAUAGUAGAAAGGUUGAAGGAAGGUGGGGGAAUGGGAUUCUUUGUCGAUAGAAGGCAUUCGCGAAAGUCCGAACAACGGAGGCAGAGCGGACGAUCCAUUGAUCAACGUGUUUGGAUCCGACUCGUCGAAUCUAUCCGGAUUGGGUUGCGGAUGGAUUCUGGUAAUGGUGGCCGGAGGUGA